AGGAGAGGCAGUUUACAGGAUAGAAAACAGAUAAUACAAGAUAAAUAGUCAACACAUAGAUCCAUAGUUAGAUAAUAUACAUAGGAACUCAAGAUGGUGCGUGUUAAGUCUGGUUUCAGCUGAGGUUUAAUGAGCCUGGAUUAUCUGGUGUGUAGAGCUCUAGGUUCUUCUGGUUUAUGUUUUCAUCCCCAAACAUUUACCGAGAAAAUUUCCGUUCCAUGGUCACUGGUCAGUUCUCUACAAAGUCGGGCCGGUACAAAGAAAAUCCACGGCCGGAAACCUGCUCCGGGUAGGAUGAAGAACAGAAUGGAGUUUAGAGAACUAGGACUUAUCCUUCUUUUCCUUGCAGGAGUUUCAUCAGAUACAAGAUGCAGUUUCCCGUCUGCUUGGCAUGGUUCCUACUUCCAUCUUGGAUAUUCUAGUUCUCUCCUGGUGACCAAUCAAUCCAUCACGGAGAAGGGAGAGUGUAUCUGGAACUCAGGGAGCCAGUAUGUUCUCCAGACUAUAGAUGGAGGAGAGAAGUGUUGGAGAUGUCUGAGUAUCUACAGGAAACAUCAGAAUGUUCUCCAGUAUAAAGAAAGUUACUGUGAGACCUAUUUUGACGGGUUCAGUUCUCUAUGUUCUGGUAUAGCUGGUGAUUCUGCUAUGUACUCAAUGAUACGACGGGAUGUGGAGCCUGAACCUUGUCCUUUCCAUGGUCCGCAUACAUUCAGCUACGCCAAGGGUGGAGCUGGUGCUGUGUGUGGGUACCCGGAGAGUUAUCUAGAUUCAUGUUCAGACAAAAGAAGUAUUCAGCUUAGCUUCCAGGCUUGUAUAGAUGUACAAGGUUCAGAGAUCAGUUCAGAGAAACUAACUUGUUUAGCAGGAUGGAAGGAAGGUUCUAAACAUUAUCUUGUGGGAGAACUCAGUAGACAGCAUAUAUACACAGAUGAGCAGAAAUACAGAUGCUUUGUUUAUGAAUAUCAUGGCAAGGGGGAAACUAGAGCAAUAAGGAUGGCUGAGUCGAUGUCUGCUACGUGUAUGGGUCUAUGGUCUCCUGUUGAAGGAUUUAGAACCUACGAGAUACAAAGAGUUGAACCUCCGGAGCAGGAUUGCAGGUUUCCAGAUUGGUUUGUAAACCACAGGACUUGGAGAUCAUUAAACUCAGAGAUAUAUAUCCAGGUUCAUUCAAAUCAUGGAUUCAAGUUGGAGAACUUUCAAGAUAAAUUCAACCCGGAGAAAUCCUUCUUGAGCUGUCAUUCCCUUGUUGGUUCAGAUACAUUGACAACCCGAGUUGUAACAUACGUCAAGAGUAAAUGUGAUUCAGGUUUUGUUUGCACAGAAAUAACUAAAUCCUCUGAUGGAGUGAUCUCUGCUAGGUUUGGUCCUAAAGCCAGGAAUCCAAUUGAAGCUUGUAGUCAGCUUUACUUUACCUAUUCUGUUAUCAAAUCAUUUUUAUUGGUUUCCAACCAAAUUCCUGUACAGACAUGUUCUCUCUCCGGUAGAUACCAGUUGGAGAUGGUUAGAGUACCAGGGGUAUCAGGAGUACCUGGAGUACCAGGAGUAUCUAUAUUAUCUGAUUGUUCUACUCCAACCUCUCUUCAUCUCACAGCUGGUUGUGGAUCCAGUUCCCUGACUGUAGAGUCUGAGUGUGAACCUGGAAAUAUUACAAGAACCUCAUAUACUUGUCAUUCACACUGGACACAGGAUGGACGAAGUAAUCUAAUUCUUCGUCGAGAAGAUUCCAUCUCCACAAUAUGUCUUAGCUCUGCGGAUAAGCUACUCCACGUGGGAGAUACUGGUUGUGGUUUAGAAGCUCCGGUUUACAGCAUAUCAGAGACAGGACCUUGCCUUCAAGCUCUCUCAUCCCAACCUACUAGUUCUGCUCCAGUUCAUGGUUUCUCAUCUCUACUCUUCAUUAUGGUACUAUACUUGUCCAAUCCUAUAGCAUAGUAUGGGUACUAAAACUUAAAGAGUAAAUUAAUCUUAGAACACACAAUUCUAAACUCGAUGUUUUAAAUCUAGCUGCAACUGGAAAAUAUAAACCUCUGACAACUAAAAUCAAAAUAUAUCAUAUAAUGGAUAUACAAACUAUCCAAGUGAAAUGUGAUGAAACACAAUUGAGGGAAACCCCUGAACAGUGUAAUAUGCAUGAACCUUUAUGCAUGAACUGUACAACGUACACAAAACAAAGAAUCUCGAAAAACAAAUCUCAACAAUAUGUACUUUGUGCUCUAAACCCUCAAUGAAUUAUGAUUUUUUUGAAAUAUUAAAUUUCUUUAAUCACCCUCCCAUUUCCCCGACCCGUAGUGGUAUAUCUGCAGUAUGUAUAAUUAUAUUUAUAUAUAUGUACUCGUGUUUAGUGUGAAGUUAAUCAAUCAAUCUAUCAAGCAUAAUUCAAACUUCAACAUUUUCAACCCUUUCAAAAUUUUUAAGUUCACUUAAAAACAAAUUAGAUUCAAAUUACUACAAAUUAAGUAGAUACUAUUGUGAAUGAAUUUAUAUAGUUGAGAAAUAUUUGUAAAAUUGCAGCUUUUGAAUUUUGUCAUUUCUGACAAGAAUAUUAGCUUGAUUAUAAAUUAAAAUAUGAAAUCCCUGUGAUACCUUUGGCUGUGAAUAAAUAUAAAGUUUUA